CUAAUACAAUAGCACUGACCGACUAACAAUAUUUUUGUUACAACUAGGAGUGUUUGAUGUUGUCUUUAUUAAUUUUUAUCAUUUUGCAGAACGGUGUUGCCACUAUUUUGUCAACAUUAUCACCGGUUGCCUUAAUGAAAUGUAUUAAAAACGAAGUGGAAUUGGAGGGAUUCCGUUCUGCCCACGUGAAGGAUGGUAUAGCCGUAGUGAGAGGUCUACGCUGGGUGGAGGAACAAGUGGCAUCCGGUGCUGUUGUUACAGAAAUAGAUCUGUCUGAUAAACUCGCGGAUUUUCGAAGGGAGGAAGAACACUCUCAUGGUCCAUCGUUCUCAACUAUAGCCGGUGCAGGAGAGAACGGAGCCAUCAUACAUUACAGUCCACCACGUGAAGGUUCUAGAGUUAUCGGCCAAAAUGAUAUGUUAUUAGUCGAUUCAGGGGGCCAGUACAAGUGAGUCAAACUUAAACAAAAGACAAUAGGGAUGAAUCCUGGUUAUAAUAUAUAUAGUCCGUCGGAUAAUAGAAAAAUAUUAGAUAUGUAUUUUUAUUGACUUCA